AUGGUGGAGUUCCUGAAGUUGUCGCCUCACCCCUGCUUGCAGUUUGAGGCAGCCUGGGCUCUGACCAACAUCGCUUCUGGGACUUCAGAGCAGACUCCAGCUGUUGUGGAAGGUGGGGCCAUCCCACCUUUGGUUGAGCUCCUGUCUUCCCCCCACAUGACUGUGUGUGAACAGGCGGUGUGGGUUCUUGGUAAUAUCGCAGGUGAUGGCCCAGUAUUCAGAGACCUCAUUAUCUCGAGCAAUGCCAUUCCAUAUCUGCUGGCCCUCGUUUCAUCAACCAUACCAAUCACGUUUCUGCAGAACAUCACGUGGACAGUGUCCAACUUGUGCCAAAACAAGAACCCUUACCCUUCCGUGAAAGCUGUGAAGCAGAUGUUGCCUGUCCUGUCCCACCUCCUGCAGCACCAAGACAGAGAAGUUCUCUCGGACACCUGCUGGGCCCUAUCCUACCUCACUGAUGGCUCCAACGAGCGCAUCAGCCAAGUGGUCAACACGGGGGUCCUGCCCAGGCUGAUCCAGCUCAUGAGCAGCUCAGAGCUCAAUGUCUUGACCCCCUCCCUCCGCACCAUGGGGAACAUCGUCACAGGAACAGAUCACCAGACCCAGGUGGCCAUCGACACGGGCAUGCUGAAUGUGCUGCCCCAGCUCCUGAUGCACCCCAAGUCCUCCAUCCAGAAGGAGGCAGCUUGGGCCUUGAGCAACGUGGCUGCAGGGCCUUGCCAACAAAUCCAGCGGCUGAUUGCUUGCGGCAUGCUGCCUCCCUUGGUGGCUCUACUGAAAAAUGGAGAAUUUAAAGUCCAGAAAGAGGCUGUUUGGACCGUGGCUAACUUCACAACUGGAGGCACCAUAGACCAGUUGAUCCAGCUUGUCCACUCUGGCGUCCUGGAACCACUGGUGAAUCUGCUUACCAUCCAAGACACCAAAAUUGUUAAAAUCAUCCUUGAUGUUCUCUCUUUUAUCCUCCAGGCAGCAGAGCAGCUUUCAGAGAAGGAAAACCUGUGUCUUCUGAUUGAAGAAAUGGGUGGCAUUGAUAAAAUUGAGGCUUUGCAACUUCACAAGAACCUGCAGGUUGCCCUGAUGGCUUCGAACAUUAUCGAGAACCAUUUUUCUGAGGGAUCAAGAUCAUGA